AAAUACUCGCGUGCUGCCGACGACCGUGGUAAUCGUACGGCGGACUCGCGACCGAACGACCGGCAAUUUACAACAUUAUUAGAUAAUUAAACUCACUACUCGUGUCCGUUUUUCACCCUGCUGAAGUUUACGUGUUCGGUUUGCGGUGAACAAUAUUAUAUCGUAGAGUCAUCGGACGUCGACGUCGACGUGCAACCUAUCCGCACACACACACAUCGUCGGAGCACGAUCCCCGUCGGAGAUCGUUUUGGUUGAAUACAUAUACGUAGGAUAUCGAUACAAUCAAGAUGUUGAACACUGUAAUCGAAGGGUAUAACACCCUAAUGAACGAUUACAGUGACAAAAGGGUUAAUAAUUGGUUCCUUAUGAGCAGUCCUUUUCCUACCAUGACCAUAUGCCUGACAUAUGCGUUCAUCGUAAAGAUUUUGGGACCGAGGUUGAUGAGAGACCGCAAACCAUUCCAACUGCGAAAAACAUUAAUCGUUUAUAAUUUACUGCAAGUCAUAUUCUCCUCGUGGAUCUUCUUCGAAGCAUGGGACGGUGCAUGGGGCAACGGUUACAGUCUUCGAUGCGAACCUGUCGAUUACUCCACAUCCCCGGCCGCCAUGAGAGUAGCUCGAGGUUGCUGGUGGUACUACUUUUCUAAAUUCACGGAAUUCUUCGAUACCUUCUUUUUCGUUAUGCGCAAGAAAUACGAUCAAGUAUCCACGCUGCAUGUCAUCCACCACGGAAUCAUGCCGAUGAGCGUGUGGUUCGGUGUCAAGUUCACACCCGGCGGUCACAGCACGUUCUUCGGGCUGCUCAACACGUUCGUGCACAUCAUCAUGUACUCGUACUACAUGUUGGCCGCCAUUGGUCCGCAAAUGCAAAAGUACCUCUGGUGGAAGAAAUACUUGACUGUGCUCCAAAUGGUCCAAUUCAUUAUGGUGUUCAUCCACGCAUCCCAGUUGUUGUUCACUGAGUGCGAUUACCCGAAGGCAUUCGCUUGGAUCAUCUUGUUGCACGCCGUCAUGUUCUACUUCCUGUUCUAUAACUUCUACCAACAAUCGUACAAGAAAAGGGAGGAUAAAAAGAAGAUUGCUCAAAAGAAGAAGGACGACGACGACCGGGCACACAACCGGCCCGUGGACUUGCCGGCACCCGUGUCGAACCAAAACAAAUCUUUCUGGUCAAGCCUGACGUCGACGCCAUGCUUCCUGCCCGCCGUCACGGACACCGAUGUCUGCGAAGAGAUGUACUCGCGACCACCUGUCAACGGAGCGUCUUGCAGCGCGUUCAUGUCUGACGAUUCGUUUCGCAAUAGGGCGUUCGUGUCCAAGUCGGCAAACGCGUGAUGAAAAUAUAGGCUCACAGCUCUUCAACCCUCUGCCCCUGACCCUCCCCCAACCACUCAACUGCAAAACCACCCAUGUCACCAUCCACGGAUGGGUCACGCUCCAUAUAUCAACAAAAACCGAAACGAAAACGCGCAAAAUAAUAAUAUAACACCAUAAUAAUAAUAUAGAUAAAUUACAGUGUAGGUAUACAAUAUUAUAAUAAUAUGUGUACCGACCAAACCCGAAAAUCGUUCAUUUGCGCGCCGAUCGUGCCAUCGUUCGUUUUGAUUUCCAACGACCUCCUAGGUUUUUGACUGACUCAUUAUUUGAUUCUCAGGAUACAGUUACGAUAAUAAUAAUAUGAUAUACCAUCACUUAUGGUUGUGCAGUUUUUAUUUCUCACCUUUCAAGACGUCUCGAGACGUCAUUAUUAUUGUUAUUAUUAUUAUUAUUUACGAGUAAUUUGUUUCGCACGACUCCGACGACAGCUCAAAAACAAAGAAAAUUAAUUCGAUUCUCAGUGUGUUCAUCGGCGAUCUGAAAAUUUCUCGUACAUAAUAUUGAAUUAUCACUUGGGCCCAUAGGGCUGCAGUCGUAUAUUAUAUUAUUUUUAUUAUUAAUAUUAUUAUUAUUAUUAUUAUUAUUAUUAUUAUUAUUAUUAUUAUUAUUAUAAUUAUUAUUUUUAUUAUUAUAUAAUAUUUACUAUAGUAAUUAUUUUUAUUAUUAUUACUAGAUUAUAAGCAGCACAUGCGGUCGCCUGUCGUCGUCUUUCGACAUCACAGGACACGAUGACGAUAAUAAUUAUUGUUAUUAUACUCGUCCGAUCCGUCGCGACAGUACGGCCGUUAGUCAAAACCAGUUUAAUAUCAUUAACUUUUACUAUAGAUUUACGCAUCGUAUAUUAAAUUGUGUAGGUAUUACGUCUUAUGAAUUAAUAUUAUUACGAUCGUCGGAGGGUAUGAUUGUCGUACGCGAAAUGUACAAUAAUAUUAUAUGCGAGUAUGCGAAUAUGCGGCGAGGCAAGGAGGAUAAAAAAAUAAUAACGCACAAUACCAUGGUAUACAAUGACAGAAAUCUAAAUAUGUAGGUUGGCCGACGAUCGCGUUAAACGCUUCAGGUCUCCGUUAUUGUGUAUAAUAUUAUUGUAUUGGUAUAUAUAAAUCUGUAACCCAUUUCUCGACUUGUUUUUUUUUUUUUAUUAUUGUAUUUAAUGUGUAUAAUGUUUAUAAACUAUAAUCAUAAUAUGCCAAUCGUAGGUACGAAUAAAAAAAAUAAUUUAAAAAUAAUUACGAAACGGUUCUACACAAAAUCGUAGCUCCGUUAUCCGCGUGAGUUGUUUGACUGUACACUUUGCAGCUCUCCACUUGUUAAUAAUGUUAAAAUAUUAUGGUCGAA